CACUUCCAGUGAUCCCGCAGCCCACAGUCUCUCCUCGUUUGCAUUGGAAUCGAAAUCACUCUUGCGGUCGGCUCGCCUCUUGUUAAUUUCUAGGACUUGAAUCUCGCAAAAGACUGUCGACAUGUCUGCACUUGGAAGAGUUUUGAUCUACGGUGGUAGGGGUGCCCUGGGUGCAUCCUGCGUUGCCCAUUUCAAGGCCAACAACUGGUGGGUUGGCUCAAUUGACUUAGCCAACAACGAUGAGGCAGACGCCAAUAUUCUGGUGAAGCCGGCUGAUGCCUGGGCCGAUCAGGAGAACUCUGUCGUGAAGGCGGUUGAAGAGCUGCUGGGCAGCAACAAGUUGGACGCGGUCAUCUGCGUGGCCGGUGGAUGGGCUGGUGGCAAUGCCUCUUCAGGAGACCUCGUCAAGAAUGCAGAUCUCAUGUGGAGGCAGAGCGUCUGGAGCUCGGUCAUCGCCGCCACCGUCGCCGCCAAAUUCCUCAAGGAUGGCGGCCUGCUCUCACUGCCCGGCGCCAAACCGGCCCUCGGACCCACACCAGGCAUGAUUGGCUAUGGAAUGGCAAAAGCAGCGGUGCACCAGCUGACCAAGUCGCUGGCCGGCGAAAAGAGUGGAAUGCCAGACAACUCACUGGUGGUUGCCACCCUGCCUGUCACCCUCGACACCCCAAUGAACCGCAAGUGGAUGCCAAAGGCCGACACUACUACCUGGACACCACUUGAAUUCAUUGCUGAAAUGUUCUUCAAGUGGUGCAAAGGCGAGGAGCGCCCUCCUAACGGUAGCCUCGUUACCCUGGUGACCAAGAAUUCGACCACAGAACUGCACUUUGACUGAUUUCGAAGAGGACCAAUCACCGUUUGAACGAUCAUGCCCACGAUGAGUGAAUGACUGCAUUCCAUGACAAUAUUUUCAUCUCAACCCUUCAUUUUAUGUAGUCCUUGCUGGUUUUGUUGCAAUAUUAAAUUAAAAGAUUAAUUUUA